UAUAUAUAUAUCAAGUUCAGUUGUCUUCAAAAGUUGUUUUAAUUAUUCAAAUUUACAUAUUUUCAAAUGGUCAUCCUGUACUGGUCACUUUUAAAGUUAAUGUCUUUCUAGAUAAAAAUAAGCCGUUUAUUUAUCAAAAACUUAAAACGCAAUCUAAGGUACGUUCUAUAACAUGUAGUUUUUCGGACAUAUAACUUUUAAAUUGUUGGUCGAUGUAGCAUGCAUUAAUCAUUGGCAUAUCAAAAAGAUUGCUCAUAACUUAGUUAGCAUUUCGCGCUGUAAUGGUGUAUUUGGUAUGGAUGGAUAGGAAUGCGAGUGAAAAAGCAGGAAGGAAGUUCGGAGGGCCUCCCGAAGUACUGGUCCAUUUUCGAGCCGGUCGCAAUUAGAUGAUAAACCACGAAGUGAAAAAACUUCCCGCCGCGUGAACUUUGGGAGGAGGAGGAGGUAAUUCACAGUGCCGGAAACGCCCCGCCGCCUUUUCGAAGCACUAAUGCACUCUCGCUAAUUUUAAAUCUAAACACUCAGCCCUCUACCUUCAUUUUCUGGCUCACUCAGUUUAUUCACAUUUGAGUAGCUAGUUAUUUAUAAUCCCACUUCAACUUACCAUCCCUCUUCGAAGAAAUUUUGAAUUCUCGAUACUACCUUCUCUGUACUCUUGCGAGAGCAGCUGCCUUUUAAUUUCUUUGCAUAUUGGAUCAUCUAAUAGAUCCGAACUUUCUUGAUGUUUGUUGAUAUAUUAAAGCUCCCUAAAGGCGAGAAAAUAUUUUUUCCUGGAAUUACAAACACGAGCUUUGAUGUGAUUGGGCUUAACCAAAAUUUAAAGCCAUACGAAUUUCAAAACUAUAGAACAUUGAGCCAGCAGUCAGACAUAAGUUUGUUAUCCCGUACCGGAAAUGCUGCCAAAAAUGGCAGAUGCCGCUGACUGUCUCUCUCCGACAGAAUCGCUGCACUCAGUGUCCAGUUCUUCCGGCAGAACUGCCGUGGUGAACAGACACUCGGAACCCAACUUCAGAAAAUACCCUCCCCUCGCUGCCGGGUUGCCAUUUCCAUCUCCACCGCAUGCCAAUAGUAGUGAGUAUGCGGAUUCUACGUUGGAAACAGUAAAGAGCAGAUCGAGUAAGAAGACAACAUCUAGUACCACUUCAGUGAUAGCCAAUGCAACCAACAAAACGUUGGGCAAACUGACCCGGAAGCUCAUAGACCAAAUUAAGACAGACAAGAUAAAAGAGAAGGAAAAAGAGGAGUCCCACAAGAUAGAGACGUUCCUGGAACUGUUCAACCCAAAUCUAUCCACUGUAGGAAAGGCAGAGAAGUUCGAUGGGACAUUUGAGAAGAAAGAGGACGGCGAGCUGGUGAUUGGCAUCCGCAAUAAGAAAGAGCGAACUGCUUACGUGUUUGGACCUCAUGAUGCAGUAUACUACGUGUGGCAGACUAUCAUAGCCACGGCCUGUUUCUACAAUUUAGUGAUGAUUGUAGCAAGAGCGGGUAUCCAGGAGGUGCAGAAAAGCUUCAGGCCCCUCUGGUACAGUGUGGACUACAUAUGCGACUUCAUCUACUUUCUGGACAUGUUGGUGUCCUGCCGAACUGGCUAUUUCCUGGAGGGUUUGACAGUGGCUGAACCGAAGCUACUGCUGCAGAGGUACAUCCGCAGCUUCCGUUUCAAGAUAGAUAUGGUAUCCAUCCUGCCCUAUGACGUGUUCUACGCCAUUCCUCUCUACUCCUUCGAAAUAUCCCAGGAGAGGGUCGGAAGGCCAUUUGUCGUCAGGGGAUACGAUAUGCCCAUUUGGCGUAACAACCGGCUCCUUAGAUGCUACAAAUUGAUUGAGUUCUUCGAAGCUACGGAGAAGCGAGUGAAUGCUCCUAAUGCAUUCCGAAUGUUGAAUCUCCUUUUCUACAUCACAGUCAUCAUCCACUGGAAUGCAUGCUACUACUACGGAAUCUCCGACAUGUGUGUGCUCGGAAGCACCCGGUGGGUCUACGGAGGAUUCGACACAUACUCAGUUCUGAGAGACAUGAUCAAUUCAGGGAACACUUUUAUCAGAGACUACAAUGAAAGUUUACCAAGGGCGGAAGCGUCUGGAUUUCGUUUCACACCUUGUUCAUUGGACGUGCCUGAACAAAACGUAACUUGUGUGUACCCUCCGUAUUACCUGCUGAACAUGACAGAUGUUCAUGAGGUGUAUGACAAAGUGGGCAUCACAUUGGAGUGUAAACCGAGUGGAAUUACGUAUCAGUUCAGGUUCAAGGAGCAUCCGGAUAUUAUAUGGGAGACGUAUGAGUAUGCGAACAGGUGUUCUCUGUAUUAUAAGUACGUGUACUGCAUGUUCUGGUCUGCACUGACCUUGACAACUAUAGGAGAGACUCCUUUGCCCUAUACGGAUCUGGAGUACUUCUUCAUGAUUGUGGACUUUCUGAUAGGAGUGGUCAUAUUCGCCACAAUCGUGGGUAACGUUGGGAGCAUGAUAGCAGAUUUGAAUGCGAAGUCAAUUGCAUUCCAGCGCAAGACGGACAUGGUGAAGGUAUUCAUGACAUGCCAAGGAGUGUCAUCUGAACUGCAGGGCAAAGUGAUCAAAUGGUUCGACUAUUUGAAGCGAAAUGAUAGGUCUCUGGAUGAAGAUAAUGUGCUGAUUUGUUUAGCGCCUCGUUUGAGAGCGGAAAUAGCGGUGCAUAUUCAUUUAGCUACCUUGAAGAAGGUUUCGCUGUUCUCUGAAUUCGAGGUGGGUCUGAUGAUCGAAAUAUUACUGCGGCUGAAGCCAGAAGUCUACAGUCCGGGAGACUUCAUUUGCAAGAAGGGAGACAUAGGAAGAAAGAUGUACAUUGUCAAACAGGGCACACUCAAUGUCGUGGCGGACGAUUUUGUCACUGUUUUAGGAACGCUGGCUAACGGGCAUUACUUUGGAGAAAUCAGUGUAUUGGACAUUCCUGGAAAUAGAAAUGGCAACAAACGCACAGCUAAUGUUCAAAGUGUGGCUUUCACAGAAUUAUUCUCGCUCUCCAAAGAUGACAUCAUGGAAGCUCUGCACGACUACCCGCAAGCUAAAGCUGCCAUUUAUGAAAAGGGAAAAUCCCUGCUGGCCAAUGACGAUUUGUACAACCCAGAACUGGACAAUGAGAAGCUAGACCUGGAAGGGGAGGCGGAUGAAAGGCUAAAAGGCGUGGAACAGAACUACGCAUUGUUAGCCAGUCGUUAUGCCAAACUGUAUGAUGAAGUUAAAGACAUGCAUCAGAUUCUAAUUGACAAGAUCAGUAUGUUGCCACAUGCCGAAGCUAGUGGUGCGGAUAUUUAGUCAUUAAAUUGAUUAAAAGAGUUACUUUUGUUUUCUUUCUGCAGACAAUUUCUGUCCGUCUGCUUAACGUUGUAUUGCUGAGUUUCAUGCGAUCCAUUAUUUAACCAAUAAUCAUUGAGUGUUUCUUGAGUCUUUCUUGAGUAAAAUAACAAGACUAAUCGUAUUUAUUUAUUUGGCCGAUAUACUAAUUCAAUUCAA